AUGCAGCAAUCAAGGUCCAAUGGAGACCCAGCAUUUGAUGAAGACUCAGACUUCACUGACACUCUAUUGCCGAGCCAGAUGUUCACUGACAAAGGCUCUGCUCAUGCUCACGAUGAAGAUGUCGAGGCAUGGGCCGAAAAAACAAUUGGGGACAUACAUCUGGGAAAAAGGAAGACUAAGAUUGGUCCCGAAAUGAGAAAAGGGAAGAAAACACGCACUGAAGAGGAGUUUGGUAGUGACGAAACCACACCUGAGCCUAGUGGUGGUGAGGAGAUUGGUCAUGAUGAUGAUGACGAUGAUUCUAGUAGCAGUGAAGGUGAUGGCAAUGAUGGCAGUGACGGUGAUGCCAAUGAUGACGAUGAUGGCAACGACAGUGGUGGUAGUGAUGGCGACGAGGGUGGAGGAGCUGAUACUUCGGCUCCUCAUAUAGCUCCUACUAUAAUGCUCACUGGGGAGGAAGACUUCACCCAUGCAACACAAGAUACAGAUCAUGGAGCACCUACUUCACAACGACAAACAACAUCGACACGUCGACAUGGUCGACAGGCCCCACUUGCAUAUGAUGAAGAUAGCUCCAACUCUGCCUCCAGUGUUCAGUACUACAACCCGUACAGUACUUCUCCCCCUGAAGGGGGCUUUCUGUGGCCACCACCAGGGGUGGUGAACCCGCCACUUCCGCAGGCAGUUGCAGCAUUGUCUUAUUUGAAUUAUCACGGCUGCCUACCAUAUGGAGCUCCACAGUUGCAAUAUCACUCACCUAUGUAUGUGUAUUUGCCACCAACAGACGAGCCGUAUGAGGGACCACCAGGAGAGAUAUGA